AUGGAGUCUAACUACAGAUCGUACCAGCGGGUUUUGAACAUAUCGGUCAAACCAUCGACGUCGUCAUCAUCGUCGUCACUAGCAAACAAAAAGGAAAAACGCUCUGUUGCAAAGGUGACAAAGCCAGAGAAGGAUGAGAGUCUGAAGAAAAGACGGACCAAGACUGGUUGCUUCACUUGUCGAAAGAGAAAGAAAAAGUGUGAUGAGGACAAAGUGAAUGGAAAAUGUCAAGCCUGUACUAGAAACUUUUUAGAAUGUUGUUGGCCAGAACCAGCGCUUAUCCUGGAGAGUCCUAAGGAACUAAAAGCUACUGCCAAGACCCCAGUGGUAAGGUCUACAAAGUGUGACAUCAACUCGUUGUUGGCGUCCCCUGUUACCCAAGAGAUCCCCUUGUCUCCGGAAGUUGCAAUGAAACCUGUACCUCUGACAAUCAAGCAAAACAUUAACCCCUACCCAAGUCCAAUUCAAUCGCCUAUUUCCCACCACCCUUGCAGCCCUAAUCAGGAUGUGAGUUUCAUGACAUUACCACCAUUACACAGCAUCAACUAUAAGUCGCAAGCAAAGGACAGUAAUGUACGAGCCUUGCUGAAACCACAAGUGACAUUCGAAAUACUUGAAAGACAGGGCCAUCCAAAGCUUAUAUUCCGUUAUAACGAUGACAAGGUUACCGAAGUUGAUGUUAGAAACAUGAAGAAUCACGAAAUUGCGGAGAAGAUCAAUGAAUAUAUACAACGGUCAGGUAAUGACUUGUUCAAGUGUAAUCACAAGGUUGUAUCUGACAAUGAUUCAGUAAGAGGAAUAUGGUCUCCUUUGCAUACACCAAAGGGCCACAGAUUUAGAAUUUAA